AUGACGCCCGUCGGCGACGUCAGCAAGGACGGGCGCGCGUGGAUCUAUGGUCGUCCGACCGUCGCGCAGUGGUUCAAGCAGCACUGGAUCGACCUCUUGACGAUGGCGGCCCUCGGAGCCAUCGCGCUCGGCGUCUACGAGGCGCCGCCGGCGCCGACGCGCUCGUUCCCCGUCACUUUCGCCAACGGCGAGAUCGUGUACCCGGAAAUCGCCUACCCGCUGCGCAAGAACAUUAUCCCCAUCUGGGCCGCAGCCCUCAUCGCCUUCUUCGUCCCGUUCGUCUCGUUCAUGCUCGUCCAGAUUCGCGUGCGCUCGUUCGAGGACCUCAACACGGCCACGUUCGCCCUGCUGUACUCUCUCAUCAACGCGGCGACGUUCCAGGUCUUCGUCAAGUGGCUCAUCGGCGGCCUGCGCCCGCACUUUCUCGCCGUCUGCAAGCCCGACAUCAGCGGCACGGCGCUCGGCAAUGGCUACGGCGCCAUCAUGUUCACGAGGGACAUCUGUACUGGCGACGUCAACGAGAUCGAUGACAGCGUCGAGAGCAUGCCGAGCGGGCACUCGACGGCCGCCUUCGCAGGCCUCGUCCUCCUCAGCCUCUACCUCAACGGCAAGCUCAAGCUCUUCUCGGACUACCGCCCUCAGUUCUGGAAGAUGCUCGCCUUCUUUGCGCCCCUCCUCGGCGCCGUCCUUAUCGCGGGCUCGCUCACCAUCGAUGAGUACCACCACUGGUACGACGUCGUCGCUGGCAGCUGCAUCGGAACGGCGUCCGCCCUUGCCGCCUACCGCAUGUCCUACGCCUCGAUCUGGGACUUCCGCUUCAACCACCUCCCGCUCCCUCGUGCCCCUCCCCUCGCCAAGCACGGCCACGGCCUCGACCUCGCCGCGCGCCGGUACCCUUACUCGCUCGACGCCGUCUCGGGCGUGCAGCCUUUCGCCGGACAGUGGCGCGGCGAGCACGGGGUCGCGACGCACGUGGCAGGGGCGCCGGGCGACGCGAUCAAGCAGAGGGGAGGGUUCGCGUCCGGCGUCGGGGCGGCGGGCAUGGUUUGAGAAGGCGAGGAGGGACGGACGAAUUAGGAGGAAGGAGGAGCUUUCGCUUGGUCGAGUUCACCCAUUACCCUUACGUGCUUAAUACUGCAAAGCUUCGAGCCUGUUCGCAUC